CCACUCUUAUUAUUUUGACUCUCAGUGGCUAUUCUUUCCCUCCUAGUAGCUUUGCCCAAAAUUGGGGGGAAAAGUCUAGUUUUGCUAAAAUCUGUUCAGCGAUUUUUUAAUCAGAUUUCAGGUGGAUUCUUUCUUGUGCGUGGAUCAGUUUGGCCUUCCUCAAAAUGGACAAUCUUUGGCAAUUAGGAAAUGAGUUUCGAAGCCAUUCAAAGGUCACAGAAGACCAUAAAUGGCUUGCUGUGACUUCAAAACUGGCUGAGCUUACUGGAACCAACUGCGGGCUGACAAACAAUUUGUAUUACUCGAAGAAUCCAGUGGAAGCAAAAUCAUGGGACAAGCUAGGAUUUCAGGAAAAUAACAAACUUGAAAGUCUUAAUCUUGGUCUUGUGAAUCUUGAUCUGAAGAUAAAUGAUGUUCCAGUUAAGGCCUCCUUCCGCAAUACUAUGAAUAACAUGAACACAGCGUAUCAGAAAAGUAAUAUGAACAAUUUCAACAAUUCUAAAAUGAAUAAUGGGAUUGACAAGCAUGCUAAUAUUAAUAGCUCCAAAAAUGUCAACAAUAAUAACUUUAACACCAAUAGCAACAACAACAAGAACAACAACAAUGUUGCUGAUAAGAGGUUCAAGACAUUGCCCUCAACGGAGAUGCUGCCGAGGAAUGAAGUCCUUGGAGGCUAUAUUUUUGUUUGUAACAAUGACACCAUGCAAGAGGAUCUUAAGAGGCAGCUGUUUGGAUUGCCUCCACGAUAUCGCGAUUCUGUCCGGGCAAUUACUCCAGGGUUACCUCUUUUCCUUUACAACUAUACAACUCAUCAGCUUCAUGGGAUAUUUGAGGCUGCUAGUUUUGGAGGUUCUAACAUUGAUCCAACAGCUUGGGAAGAUAAAAAAUGUAAAGGCGAAUCAAGGUUUCCUGCACAGGUGAGGAUCCGUGUUAAAAAGCUUUGCAAGCCUUUGGAAGAAGAUGCUUUUAGGCCAGUCUUGCAUCAUUAUGAUGGCCCCAAAUUUCGUCUUGAACUCUCUAUUGCUGAGACCUUGUCACUGCUAGACCUCUGUGAGAAAGAGGGCAUGUAAGCUGUCUAAUGAAGACGAUCUUGGAUUUGGUUUUCAUUCAUAUUUAUAUACACAAUUAGUCUGAGUUGGUUCAGCAUGAGUUUAGAUUUCAGUGUGAGGUGAAGCGCAAGCUUGUAAGGCCUUUAACCAGUUGAUCUCCCACGAUAAGAGUUUUUGGUUUGGCGCAACAAUACACGAGCCAAGAAGUCCAGUUUCUUUUCCAGUUCCCUUGGAAAUGCUAGUUAUAUAUAAUUAUAUAUAUUUGUUUCUAUUAGAUAAAUCGUUUAAGAAAAUAUAGAAAAUGCUUCUAUUAGGUAAAUCGUUUAAGAAAAUAUAGAAAAUGCUUGCGCUGCACCAUAAUGCUUCCAAAUGAGGGGCAUGAACCUUUGGUGUAGAGCUUGUUUGGAGUCUUCUAUUGUAUCUGAAUUUGUCUUUCAAACUGUAAUUUGAAUGCUGCAGUUCAGUGUCUAAGAAUGAUUUUGAGUC